AUUGGUUAAUGCUCAAUGCAGUGCACGCCUGCGUAGUUUUCAGAAGCUGUGAAAAAAAAUGGCUUUUGGGGAAUAGUGUUGUUUGAGUGUUGUGGUAGAUUUUUAAAAUUAUCGAAAUAACACGUUCCAAAAAAAAAAAGAAAAAAUUGUGGAGACACUUUAGGAUAAAAUGAGUAAAUACAUGUACUCCACUGCGAACUUAACAGACAAGGAGUUAAAGGACCAGGGAAACAGACUUUUCACGUUAAGGAAAUACGAGGAUGCAGUAAAUUGUUACACGAAAGCCAUCAUAAAAAAUCCAAAUGUGCCAACUUACUUCACAAACAGAGCACUAUGCCACCUAAAGACAAAAAGGUGGGAGGAAGCGUGCCAGGACUGCCGAAGAGCGCUUGACAUGGAUCCAAAUUUAGUCAAAGGACAUUUUUUUCUGGGGCAAGCUUUAUUAGAAAUGGAUAAUUAUGAUGAAGCAAUAAAACAUUUACAGAGAGCAAAUGAUCUAGCUAAGGAACAGAAAUUAAAUUUUGGUGAUGACAUUGCAAGUCAGCUAAGGGCAGCCCGGAAAAAGAGGUGGAAUGUACAAGAAGAAAAACGAAUUGCACAAGAGAUAGAACUACAGUCUUACUUGAACAGAUUGAUAAGGGAGGACACCGAGCGGCAGAUAGAAAAACUGCGUGAAGAAAGUGGUGGAAAUGAAGAACUUGUCCAGGACAAAGUGAUGGAGCUGGAGCAACAGUGUGACAACAAUACAAGUGAACUAAAUGCUAUAUUUGCCAAAGUAGAUGAAAGGAGAAGAAAGCGGGAUGUUCCAGAUUAUCUGUGUGGAAAAAUAAGCUUUGAGAUCCUUCGUGAACCAGUAAUUACUCCUAGUGGUAUAACUUAUGAGAGGAAAGAUAUAGAAGAACAUUUGCAGAGAGUUGGCCAUUUUGACCCAGUUACAAGGGUAAAGUUGACCCAAGACCAGCUGAUCCCAAAUUUUGCCAUGAAAGAAGUUGUUGAUGGAUUUUUGCAAGAAAAUGAAUGGGCUCUGGACUACUGAGGAUUCAACAGAGUAUUAAGAAGACUGUUCGUGACACACAGACGUAUAAGUAUGUGGACAUUGUCCACUAAUUUGAGCCUGGUAAGGACCUGUAAAUAAGGGGGGAUGACAGAUAGGUAACAAAUUUUGUAUUUACUUUUAAAAAUUGUCCUGUAUACUUGAGAAUUGUUCCUUGUUUUAUUCAGAAUCUGGCCUUACAUUUAGCAAAGGUGUAAGCAGAAGGUAUGACGCGUAUCCCAACAGUGACCUGUCUCUGUGAUUUUCCGUGUGUCUGUGUGCAAAGCUGAUGAGCACUCCUAUGAAACCAUCAUUUUCACAUGAAAAUUUUUAUAUAAAUAGACCAAUUUUAUAGCCGUGUAAUUGAAUCUACAGUGACAGUGAAAACUCAAGAUAUGCUAUUCCACUUCAGGAGAGGCUUGUUAAUGUUGUAAAUUAGAUUCAUUCUGAGCUUUUGGCAUCAAAGAGCAUUAUGUAGUGUUCUUUUGGAGGAACUGUGUAAGAACAGUUUGACAUUAAAUCGUCUGUUUCUUCCCAAAAGAUGACAUUUUAUGAAUAUAUGUAAAAUUCAUAGCAGGUUCCUUCUUUGUGCAUAUUGGUGAUCACAAGAAACAAUUAAGAAUAAAAAUAUACAGUUUAGUAACUUGAAAUGCUAUCAUUAUCAAGCUAUACUUGCUAUGACUGCUUAUGACAAACUGUGUCAUAUGCCUUAUUCUCAAGCUCAAUUGUCAGGUGAUUGCUACUGUUGCUGUUGAUGUGAUAAGAUGAUAAGUCUAUUGACAGUCCAAGAUCAGUACAGUUAUUUGUGUUGCAUACUGAAAUAAUAAUGUUGUGAAAGACUGGAAAGUCCAAAAUGAGAUAACAAUAUGAAUAGGAUAUACUCACCACACAGGGGCGGCAUUGAGUCAUAUAUGGGCACAUUUAAAAGUAGUCUGUUGGAAAAUGCUAGCUUCCAGACGAAGUCAUCAGAUGGGACACGCGCGCGCGCCCACACACACACACACACACACACACACACACACACACACACACACACACACACACAGUAGUACCUGGAGAUGACAGUGGCCGUGUGUGUGUGUGGGGGGGGGGGGGGGGCGGUGUCAUGUGUAUGUCUGAUGCUUAAUGCAUUCUUGUGGUGAAUAGCAUUCUAUCCAGUUUGUAUCAUUAAUGAGUUUUCUUCAGGUUACUGCUCUAGUAAGCACAAUGUUUUCUCUCAUUGGAGAAAGUUACCAUGUUUUUAAACUGGCCGCAUGAACUUGUUUAAUUUGAUAAAUCUUUAUCCUUCGGCAUGCUCCAGCUUACAGCUGUAUUUGCACUAUUCAUUUUGCAUUAUUGUAAGAUCCUGCCCAUCUCCAUAUGACCUUCUGACAGCGUCAAAUAUGUAGGAUUGUACUGCAAAUAGAUACUGUGAUUCUCUGUCAGUGUGAGUGGCUACUUUACUCAUCUUGUAAGUGUUCUUGAAAUUUCCAAAAUAAAAAAUUACUGUCAUUAUUCUUAGACAAUAUGAAAAUAGAACCAGUCUGAUUUCUAUUUCUUUGUGUUAUAAAUCUUCCAUAUUCAAAUAGAAAGAGGUUUUCUUUAAAAAUAUGCAAAUGUCUUUUAUUUUAUUUUUUUUUUAAUUAACAAAAAAAUUUCACAUCGCCACCUGUCUUGUUUGUGAGAACAUUUUUAUUGAUUUAUUCAUGGAAGAAUUUUGAGUGUUCAUUAAAUUUGAUUUACUGUGUAGUGUAAAUGUUUGCCACUUUAAAGUGGUCUGUUGAAAAAUUUCUUGGCCUUUUAUCUCUGUAUCAACGAAUUGUAUGGGUGUCACUGACACAGAUGAAGCAGACCAUUCUACACAUAGUGAACCAGAUUCUCCUGUGUAAUAACUUUCUUUCCCAGGCCAUAAGCUUCUCAUAAAAUUAUUAAUUCUAUAAACAAUAUUGCUUCACAGUUUGUGAUGUUCCCCAAAAUUAGUAUCAGUAGUAUUGAUUAUUAACAGCACCAAAUUUUUUCUGCAGGAAUGUUCAGAGCCUGCCCAAUCUUUUAUAAAAUAUUGGAAAGAGAAAAUACUUUAAGAACACAAAGUAAAUAAACAUUAUUACUUACGCUUAUCAUCGAGUGUGUAGUAAACAGUAUGAGAGAAUGUUUUUGCUAUAAAUAAUGAGAAAUGCUUAAUGUCUAGAUUGUCCAACAGCUUAAAAAUUUAUUCUGUCAGUGAUUUGUACACUUAACAUGUUAUUGGUAAAUAAGAGACAUACAUUCCAGUUACAUAAAUAAUAUUUUUACAUGUUCUUAAUAACUGUCACGUGCACCACAGCUACCUUCAUACCUAUUCUAUAGCAUACACUUUUGUUGGCUGAUAAUGGCAAGUAUACUUAUUGUCAUUGCCACAUAAUUUGAUUUAUGUGGUGCUGGCCUUGCAACAAUGGUAAUACUGGCUCCUAUCAGAUUACUGAAGUUAAGCAAUGUCGGGCUGGACUAGUUCUUGGAUGGGUCCCCAGCCGAAGAUGACAUGGCGGACGGUCAGUACCGCAGGACCUUCGAGGCCUGUUCAGAUUUUGUUUUUGUUCAUUGCAGACAUUAACAGGCUUACAAGAUGUGAAUAACUACCAGGGAGCACCACAGCCAUUCAGAAGUUUUGUCUUUGUCAUUUACCUAAUGAUAAAUCUCUUUGAAAAGAGAAAAAUUUCCCUACUCUGUCCUAACAUGAAGAAACCUCAAAGCAGCUGCUCCUCAGAGAAAGUGCAGUGUCUGAUGGAAAGAUGGUUAGUUUCUACAUACAGUAAAUAACAUACUUACAAAUAUCAGGAAACAAAAAGUCAUGUGAAAGUAGAUGAUGGUGAUAAAGUGGUUCACUCAUUGAUUUAGACUGACAAAACUUUGAUCGGUGGUGGAAAAAUAUCCAAACUUUCUUGGACUUGCUUAGUGAAAACGCCUGCGAUAAUGCCAACUUAUUGGUGCUGUGAAAUGUUAAGUUAUAAAUAAGAGCUGAUUAACUCAAAAAGAGGCUUGUCUGAUGUUCAUUAGUGAUUGCUGCAUACCUGCAAGGAAAAUCAACAGAAAUUGAAUACAUUAUAAGACUUGUAUUUUUUUAUGUAUGCGGUUAGGAUGUAGGAAAUAGUGGCAGCUUUGUAAGAAAAAAAAUGUAUUAUUCAUGUCAUUCAGUGGGUUGUAUGUUAUCUAGGUCUAUUUUCAGUGUAGUGAAGCAAGUUUUCUGUGAUUUAUUUUCUGAUAAAGGAAACUUAAAAUGGCAACCCAGCUGUAAAUGUGUUGAAGGAGCAAAAAAGAUUGAAGGUGAUGAUUUCUGAUAGCACAAUAUCUUGUGAUAUCAAACUUGUGUGAAUAUUUUUUCACAGAUAUCAUCUAAAAAUUUCUCAAGGACAUAUUUAAAAAUAUGUGGUGCUGCUGCUUUUGUAGUAAAUGUUUAAGAAUUGCAUUCUUCUUGUUGUAUUGUAAAAUUUCACUGUUUCCUUUGCUCAGGUAAUUUUUGUAGAUGUCUGUAUCAUUGUAUAGAUUUUUUUUUGCUGUGACUAAUAGUCAAGAUUUAUUUUCCACUCUUUGUAUCUCUGUUGAUUUUUUCUUACAGUAAUUGCAUUUACUUGCGUGAGUGAUUCCACUGUAAAGUGCCAUGAAAACAUUAAUCUUCAUGUAGCAGUAUAACUUUUUUGGAUUGGCAUUUUGACAGUUUGAGAUUGUGGUAAUUAGUAUUCUGUACUUAUUCCUUGCAUUCGAAAUUAAUGGUCCUCAUUUUAGACUUUCUGCUGUUCAUGAAAGAGUACAUGUGUGUUUAUAUGCUAGAUCAAUGCUCAUACUGAAGUUGGAUGCCACGAAUAUUAUGUGAUGAACCUACGCAGGGAAUCUCAUCUGUACAUUAACAUAUUGCAUUCAUAAAUUUGUACAAAAUUUGGUGGAUUGUUGAUUUGUCAGUGCACUACCUGUUACCAUUGUACAAUAAAAGUGUAUUUUUAUUUCAAA